CCUACCAUACUAUUGGAUAAGGCAUUCUUACCAAAUGUUGACUCCUUUUCUUUCCUUGCAGUGGCCGAGGAGAGGAUAUACAGGGAGGUGCAGGACUACUAUGGCAAAGAGCUGAAGAAAACAGAGGAUCUAAAAACCAAUGCUUGCCUUACUGUGACAAGGCCCUUACCUGCAUUUGUCAGAAACGCACUACAAUGUGUUCAUGAAGAGGUUUCAGCCAAGUAUUAUGGCUGUGGCCUGGUAGUCCCAGAAUGUAUAGCAGACUGCUGGGUAUUGGAUUUGGGGAGUGGAAGUGGCAGAGACUGUUAUAUGCUCAGUCAGCUGGUUGGAGAAAAUGGACAUAUCACUGGGGUAGACAUGACUGAAGGCCAAGUUGAAGUAGCAAAGAAACACAUUAAUUACCACAUGAAUAAAUUUGGCUACAAGAAGCCCAAUGUAAACUUUAUUCAUGGCUACAUGGAAAAACUAGAUGAAAUAGGCCUGAAGGGUGAAAGCUAUGACAUUGUAAUAGCCAAUUGUGUGGUUAAUCUCUCUCCCGAUAAACGAGCUGUUCUCCGUGAGGCUUAUCAGAUGUUAAAGGCAGGUGGGGAGAUGUAUUUCAGUGAUGUGUAUGCCAGCUGUGACCUGCCAGAGGAUAUAGAAAACAGAGUCUUGUGGGGUGAAUGUCUAGCAGGAGCCUUAUGGUGGAAGAAUCUCUACAAAAUUGCCAAGGAAGUUGGAUUCCAGACACCUCGGUUGGUGACUGCCUCCCGGAUAACCCUUGCCAAUAAGGAGCUGGAAAAUGUUGUAGGUGAUUGCCAGUUUGUUUCUGCUACUUUCCGCCUUUUCAAGAUCCCCAAGGAUAGCACAGCCCAGCAGUGCAAGGUCAUUUACAAAGGAGGAAUCACUGGACAUGAAAAGGAACUAGAAUUUGAUGUCAACCACAGAUUCAAGCAAGGAGAAGUGGUGGAUGUAGAUGAGGAGACAGCAAGUAUUCUGCAGAACUCCAGAUUUUCUACAAAGUUCUUGAUCCAUCCUAAAGGGAAGACACAACCUAUCCUAGAAGGCUGUCAUCUUGGGAAACAAGAGCAGAAGCUUGGGGACCCAUUUAAAUUUGUGGAGCAGAUGGAGACAAAAGUCACUACAAAGACUCCUUCAGGAUGCUGUGGAUCCGAAGGAUGCUGCUAAUCUUUGCAGUUUAAUAUUGAAAAGCAGAUUUUUAAAAGAUACAAUAGCAAACAAAAAGAGGAAUUAUGGUUUCUAAGGAGCAAUGAAUAUACAGGAAUUAAUGCUUUGUGAUGCUUAUUGCCUUAGAAUAAGGUGAGAAUCAUGGCUGUUGAUGUGUUGGACAGGAACACCCAACUUCUGGGUAGAGCUGGUGGGAGCUGUAGUUCAACAAGGGUACAUGAUUCCAUAUUCUGCCUAAAAUCUUUUGCUUAAAAUAAUUGCCAGAUUUCCAACAGAAAGAUAGGCUGCAGUGUUCUGAGAUGUCAUGAUUUUGUUGCUGGGUGCACUGACUGAGAUAACCUAUAAAUGGGUGUUCUGUUCUCUGUUCAAGAUUCUUGCAGUACUCUUGAUUGGAGCUAGGUGAAUGACACCUAUAGACCUAUCCUUCUUAGAAGGGAUUAUAUAAAAAAAAGACCUCCCUAUUCACUAUUACUGCCAACUAGGGAACUGCUUAGUAAACAACUCCAGGUAGCAGUAGUUCAUUGCAAGCUUCAGCCUUAGGACUUUGGACUGUUUCACACUCAACCUACUGUAUAUGAUGUGAAAUUACUAUGGCUGGCACUGC